AUCAAAAUGACACAUUUGAGUGACUUUAGUUUCUUACAGAGAAUGGUGUCUUUUGGCUAUCUGUACCUAUGGUACACAUACCGGGUAUGGACAUUAGACAGAUUUACUUGUCUUCAUCCAAACAAGUUCAAACAAGGCGAACUCAAGAGUAUUGUUACCAUGUUAAUUUUAUUCAUGAUACCAUUUCAACUGUUUUAUGAUAUCACAUCUGUCAAAAUCAAAUAUGAAGAAGGUUUUGCUAAUCUCCUGGGCCGAAUCUUUACAAAACCUGAAGUGAUGUGGACAGUAGCAGAUAAGAGCCUUGUAAUUCCUACUGAAUAUAGUCUUUGCAUUGGUUUUUCAUUACAGACAGGAACACUUGUAUUAUUACAAUGCUUUUGGAAUUAUCUUGCCAAUUCAGUAGCUAAAAAGAGUUUCAUGAGCAGCAAGGAAUUUAUGUUUUAUAUUGGAUGGACGUUUGCAAGCUUUGUUAUUUUUCCAUUAUUACAAUAUAAUUUUUCUCGGGAAAUCUAUGAACCAACCUACAAAGAAAUCAUACCUGAAAUGGUUUAUGGCAUUGAACUGUUUAUUGUGGCUUGUUUGGGUGUUGUCUCUCAUUUUCGUUUCAAAAAACUGCUGAGCAGUUCUCGUAAUACAGCAAAUGGUAGAUCCAUUUCACAAAAGAUUCGGUAUUUUCAGGAAGUCAACAUGAUCUUGUCUACUGUCUUAUUUGGUCAUGGUACUCUCUUGACCAUCUUAAGCUGUGAUGGUUUAACAAACAGAAAAGUGUUAAACAUUCACAAGUUUUCGGCAGAUUUUUUUAUUUGCAAUAUUAAUAUGUGUGCAGUCAUUACAUGGUUCUGUAUGAUCCUGAUAUUUCAUCCUAAGCAUAACUUGUCUCCAGAAGCAUUAAACCCUGAUGAAGGCAGUGAUGAUAGUAAUCAACCGCUUCAAAGUGGUAUCAGUAGCACAAACACAUUUGCACAAACAACGAUGAUCACCCAUGACUCUCAUACCUCAAGUGAUUUCCGGUCCAUUCACCCCCUCUCAAAGCCAAACACACCUACUGCUGAUACAUUCUACCAUCCGUCCGAUAGUGGCUUUCGAUUUGGACCAUUGCCGGUGAUACCAGAUCAUGAUGAUGCUAUCUAUCACCGAGACAAGAACAAUUCUAUUACAUCAACAGCACCUUCUAUAGCUACACUUGUUUCUCGGCGGCCUUCUAACGUCCAUACCAGAAAAGGAUCCCUGAAUCAAGAGAGUGCAAUCGAUUUCUUUCAAAUGUCUGUGCCUGAUACAUCCACACAUGACAUUGCUCUUUAUCACCGCCAAGAAAAAAAAGUGAUCAGACCAAGAAACAUACACAUUCUAUUGCUAUCCCAUUAGAAGAUCAAGAUAUACACUGACCCAAAAUAAAAAUUAGUCCAGUUUUUUUCAUUCGGACUCAGCAACAAAGGUGUCAUGAUCCAAGAGCCAAGAUGAUACUUAAACGCGCUCAGUUUUUUGUUGAUAAUUUGUCGAGAUGUUUGUUUUAAGAUAAUAUAAAUAGAGAAAAAUCCAAUAAUGAGUAUGACCGCCUUUUGCAUCAAUCAUAAUUUGGUAUUGGCCUGUCAUAUUGUCAAUAAAGUGUACAAGAAGUGUCAAUGCUAAUUUAACGCCCGAGUCUUUC